AUGACUCUCCGACACGCUGCACGGUUGUGUGGUGAGCCAGAGGAGGACGACGACAAUGAGAAUGAGAUCAAUAUCGCCUUCUCGUCUGACGAGGACGACCCUGUCACACUCCAUCCUCAAGUUGACGCCUCGCAAGCCCAACUCCCAAACCCCAAUACCGAACUCGAUGCGCUCCCUCUACCUCCAGCCCGCUCCCCUACAGCCUGGCAGCGGCGGACGAAGUCGUCACCGGUCGAAGGUGUCACCGAGGUUCCCCCACUUCAUCCGUUCCAGACAGCCUUCAGUCCGGAGACGCUGAUCGCAUUCAUGCGUGAAGAAAUGGACAAGAUCAACCGCGACCGCGAGGCCUCUAAGGCUAAAUGCAAGGGGAAGCAGAAAGAGACCGCUGCUCCGCCAGCCUUCGGCUUGUCAGACGCAACCCUAUCAUCUCUCUUGCCUUCAGCCUCUCCACUGUCGGACCAGUCCAACCACGGUCAGGUCAAUUCAGGUUCUGGGACUCGCCGCUCACUGCGUCUCUCCCGGAAAGACUCGCCUCCUCUCACCUCGCUCAGCCCUGUCGACCCGCCAUGCAUGGUAGUCUUUCCAACAGACCCUUACUCUCAGAGUAACGACUUCAUUCAAUCCACACGGACAACCACCUUUGAAGAGUAUACCAAGAACAAGAGGAACGCUGUUAGAAACAACACCCAAGAGUCUCCGACCAGCCCGUUGCGCGCUAAGCUGCGUCAGCCAGGUCUUUCCAAGGGUGCGACCACCCUCGACCCUUUGGCUGCUGAAAGCAUUGGGUAUGCGGGAGUCGUUUCAGGCAUGCGCGACUUGUCCGACUUGACCCUGCAGGACGACCAUACGCGACAACCCGACCAGGUACCUCCUACUGGAUUCCUGACACGCGCUGCGAACAUCAUCAUUCGGAAGAAGGUCGGCGGGAACCUGCUGGGACGGACUCCGGGCUUGUCGACCACGUCCGUUCCGCGUGGUUUGGACCAUACUGUUACCACUCUUCCCGAACUUCCGAUAGCGGGCGAAUCCUGCACUUCUGCUGGCGUGGACGAACAGCAGCGCAGAUCCCGCUUUCCUUUCAAUUAUGCCAAGAUCAUUCCUGAAAGUAUCCCGUCAAAUGACAAAAAGAGCUUCCUCGACAAAAUCGCCCGAGCCAAGCGAACUCAAUCAUCGGAUCCUGAACACGAAGCACAGCCUUCCAGCGGCAGAUCUAGAUUCAGAUUGUCUAGUAGGCCAAAGAAGAAAGACGAGUCCGUAGCCACUGAGGUGAAGCAAUAUCCGCGCCUCUGGAAGCCCUCAAGCACUUCCGGUAUUCCUGCAAACCCCCCGAAGUCCGGCACAUCGCGACCACCGCAAAACGUGGCUAUACCCUUAAGCGAACCGGUUGCGAUCUGGUUGGUCGACGAGAAUUUGUGGAGUGCAAUCUCUCAGUUCCUCUCAACCCGAGAUGUCAAGAACCUCCGUCUUGUCAGCAAGUUGCAUGCCCAGAUAUUGGCGCCGAUCCAGCUCAGAAAUGUCGUGGUCAAAUUCGACCAGAAAUUCUUUGACGACACGAUUUUCAAGAACCAUGGUCCUAACAUCAAUCGUUUUGGUGUCUCGUUUGAAUACAACCUGGAAGGUCUGGCGUACGCGAGCCCAAAGAUCAUCGAGAAGGAACAGGAGGCAUGGUUCGGAAAGUUCGUUUGGCCAACUGAGAAUUACCCUCGCUUCCCGGAACUGCAAGCUAUCGAAGAUCUGGUGGACAACAAUCGCCCUCUCCUCAAACAAGCUCUCGCUAAAAUCACCAACGCCUCGGAGCUUGGCUUGUGCAUCGACAGCGGCCAUGGCUGGAUCGAGGGUCCCGAUAUCUCCGACAUGGCCCUCUUCGAAAAACGAAUCGGACAAGGCAGCAAAGUGUUCGGCAAAACCUUCAAGACCGAAGAUGUAUGGACCACCUUUGCUCGCAACGAACUAUUUCGAUGGGGCCAACAGAACACCAUCAACACGACUCUCAAAUCUAUUCUCGCUAGGCAGCCACCACCGGCGUCCGAUGCUAAAGAGGUCCGCUUCCUAGAUGGGCUCAAAGUCCGCGACAUAAAAAGCUUCGCUUGUCAGCAUGAACAGUACGACUUCGACCCAGAGUGUCAUACUGGAGGUGUUGCCACCGUCCUCGACCUGGAUCCAGCAGCCGCCGUCGAUCCGCAAGUGAAUCCAAUUGGUGCAGCGGUGCAGAAUCUCGUAAAUUUGCAUCAAGGUGCUGCUGAGCGUCACCGUCGAGCUCUGAGCCAUGCCAGAAAUGCCAACCGCAAGUUACCCCAAUGGCCUGUGAUCUUCAACGGCCACAAUCUUGCGGCGGAGCACGGUGGUCAUUUGUCAUUCAUCCAAAGCAAAAUCGCCAAUCCUUUCGUAUCGCCCCUCACACCAGGGAUACUCAGUGAAGCACAGGCGCAAUGGCUGAUGGAGACUGUGUGGGCCCAGCGAGCGUUUCUGGGCGCAUACACCACAGCGAUCAUAACAAACAAGAACAACUUCCGUCAUGUCCACACUCUCCGCAUCAGCAAGUUGUCCUCUGGCUUGCUGCCGUCUCUGGAGCAGCGCGAGUUCUGGAAGUCGUUGUCUGGACUGAAGCGACUGGAGAUCUCCCUCAGUCCUGACUGGCGCCAAGAACAUGUCAUCGGCGACAAGGCCUUUAUGCACAACAUGCCUAUCUCUCCCGCACAGGCUGCUGAGCGAUUCACCGACUUCUUGAGGCGCUACAUCACAAAACUCGAGAACCUGCACAGCCUGAGUAUUGGCUAUGUCGGUGGUGGUGAACACGGCGUUGGCAUGUACGCCCGCAAUCAGCAUGUUUUGCCGGCUCCCAUCGUUGACAAUCCGAAUGAGUGGCUGCUUAAGAAUACCAGCAAGACCGCCCCGUCUCUGAUCAAGUUCGAUCACGUGAGAGACCUCAAGUUCGAGAAUUGUUGGGUCACUCCUUGGAUGCUCAAAGGAUUCAUGGAGGUUAGCAGAGACACGAGUCUUCAUUGUUUGACCCUCGACUCGGUAAGCAUGACCGCCAUCCACGAGGAGAAUCUGGAAAUGCCUCUAAUCACCGUUCAACACGGCCUCCGUUGUCUCCAUUCAAGGGAGGAAUGGCCUCGUGAGAUCCUGCCCAAGGGCGCUGCAUGGGCUCGCACUCUUGACGCCAUCACUCCAGGAAAACCACUCUGUGAAUACAGAUACGAAGCUGGCUUACUCGACAGAGAUGACACGCCCGUACCAGAGCGAUCUUUCCGUGGCCACGUUCAACAGAUCAUCCUUAAUAGCUGCGGUUACGUCAAGAUCUCUCUGCCCACUGGUCGGGCCUCGACAUACAACCAGAACUCGGCUGUCAUCCAGUCUGAUUGUCCUAUGGACCGCGGUCUUCAGGUCCGUAGGGGUCGUUUCAGUGGCUUGGGCGCAAACGCUAACGCUGACGCUAACGGUCGCCUACGAGAGCGUGCCCCAUAUGUGAGUGAACUUCACGACAAGACAAAUCGGAUCAUGAUCAGCAGCGACGGAUUUCCUUGGCUUGGGACACUGACCCAGUGUAUUCAUCCGAUUGAGAAGCGCGUUCUUGAAGGGGCCUGGCAGAUGAAGUUUGGCUGGGGCGAUGAUUUGAGUAGGUGGGCUGCUGUUGAGGAUGGCAUGUUCGAAGGCGGUACCGGAAGGUUCGGCGGUGUGAUCAAAAAGGAUGAAUCUGCGGUCCUGAGCCGCGUGUGA